UCACUAAUCGGUCCGUUUCUUCCUGUCGUCUUGGUAGUUGCUCCAUUGUUGUGCUUAGCAAUUAUUUUCAUUCUUCCAUUGAUUUUCGAAAGAAACCCAACUACCACUCUACCUCUUUACCAUAGACGAACAGAAGUGCAGAAUUCUGAAUAUAUAAGGAAGAAAGGAAACGAAAAUCCAUGAAAGGGGCAUUCAAGAUCAAUACUGUUUUUAACAAUUUGAGAAAUGUGGGUAUUAGGGGUUUAUCAGCUAUGGCUGGAAAGGCAAAAGGGCUACAAAUUUCUGGGGUUAAGGAUAUUAUAGCUGUGGCUUCUGGUAAAGGUGGAGUUGGGAAGUCUACUACUGCAGUUAAUUUGGCUGUUGCACUUGCUAAUAGAUGUCAACUUGCUGUUGGUCUGCUUGAUGCUGAUGUCUACGGACCUUCUAUCCCUACAAUGAUGAAGCUUCAUGGAAAGCCAGAAGCUACUGAGGAUUUGAAGAUGAUUCCAAAGGAAAAUUAUGGAGUAAAGUGCAUGUCGAUGGGAUUGCUUGUGGAAAAGGAUGCGCCUAUUGUUUGGAGAGGUCCCAUGGUAAUGAGUGCUUUGGAGAAAAUGGCAAAAGGCGUUGAGUGGGGGAAGCUUGACAUUCUAGUAGUGGACAUGCCACCUGGAACUGGUGAUGCGCAGCUUACUAUCUCUCAGCGGCUGCAAUUAUCAGGUGCGAUAAUUGUCUCCACUCCUCAAGAUAUUGCAUUACUUGAUGCUCGAAGAGGUGCUCACAUGUUCUCCAAAGUCAACGUUCCGAUUAUAGGAAUCAUAGAAAACAUGAGCUGCUUUAUGUGUCCACACUGUAGCCAGCCUUCAUUUAUUUUUGGGGAAGGAGGAGCAAAGAGGACAGCAACUGAAAUGUCUCUUGACUAUCUUGGUGAUAUUCCCAUAGAGAUGGACAUUAGAACUUGUUGUGAUGAAGGUGUCCCUAUUGUAUUGUCAUCACCAGAUUCAACCAGUGCCAUGAAAUACACUGACGUGGCUCAGAAAGUUAUGAAACGAAUUGAAGAAAUUUCACAUAAGCAAUUUAGCCCUGAAAUUUCACUCUGAUUUUUCAGUUUUAACUUGAGUCUGUAUUAACAUUAUCAAAUUUUGUUGAAAAGCCUCUUAGAUCUACCUUGAGUUUUAAUAUUUUCAACCAUAAUUGUUCAAAAGAUUGGUCUUUCCUCAAUUUCCUUUUAUGCUACCUUGUUACUGAUGUUCAUCCUGCU